UCGAGUCCGCGGCGAUCUCCCGAUCGCCGUUCAACGCAGCGAGCCGGCAAAACGGAAUCGACUCUCUCCGCUGGAACACCGUCGCAUGCCCGCCAUGUCGUGGAACGGGGUGUUGCAGCUGCUGGUGCUGCAGGGAUCCUUGGCCGUCCUUGUCGCCGGGAAAUCCGUACCGCGGGUGAUCGACAAAGACUUCGACCGAUACGAUCCCGGCGAGGUGGAGGAUCAUGACAGGCUGACCGUUCCAUUCAAUCUGGAGGAAACUUACGACCAAAGUUUCCGGGCGAGCGGCUUCAACGGUACCUGGCGGACGGACACAGACAUCCUUUAUACCGAUAACUACUCCGGCGACCUACGUAUGUUCGACGUAACGUCGGGGAUCAGCAGAAUCUUCCUGGACUCGUCGAUACUGAGCGGAUAUAACAAGCCGUUAAUGAGCUUCUCCCACGACAGCUCGUACAUUCUCAUCAGCUAUGAGUUCAUACCUGGCUUUAGGUACUCGAUGCACCAGAAGUUCGACGUGUACAGCAUGGAAAGCAAGAGCUACACGAACCUCGCGGGCGGAAAACAUCUGACGUUGGCGAAAUGGUCGCCCACCAAGAACGCGUUGGUUUACGUUUUGGAGAAUGACAUUUAUUACCAGGAGUUCACCGAUAGCGGCCACAACGUUCGACGAUUGACGCACACAGGCGAGCCGAACGCUGUUUUCAACGGCGUGCCUGAUUGGGUUUACGAAGAGGAAGUGCUCGCCUCGCCGGUGGCCCUCUGGUUUUCGCCCGACGGACGUCACCUCGCUUUCGCGACCUACAACGACACCGGGGUGAAAGAUAUCGCGAUCCUGUAUUAUGGGAAGCCGGGCAGCAUGGAGGAUCAAUAUCCUACGGAAGAGAAGAUCAAGUACCCGAAGGCGGGCAGUCCAAAUCCAAUUGUAACCCUAAGCGUCGUUGAUUUGGCUAAUCCGAACUCCAAAUUGGUUAAUCUCCAGCCACCCACUGACAUCGUUGGCGUUGACAACGUCCUGUACACGGUGAAUUGGUGGGACAGCAGCGUGGUGGCGACCUGGACGAACCGCGUGCAGAACAGAGCCCAGCUGGUGCGUUACGACGUCGCUGGCAACGCGGACAACAUGCUCCUGCAAAGGGAAGACGAAGGUUGGCUGCGUAUACAGCCGCCGGUUUACCAUAAUCAAUACGCGGUCGUUUUGAAGCUGCAGAACACAGGGACAUCAGCAGGACGAUUCGUCCACGCGACCAGAUACGAGUACAAGCUCGGCCGACUGAUCAGGGAGAAGGAUUUAACUCCCGGCAGCUACGAAGUGAUCAGCAUAGUUUCCCUGGAUCACGAGAGGGAGAUUCUCUAUUUCAUUGCGACCGGGAUUGAUCAACCCCAGCAGAGGAACUUGUACUCUGUGCCUCUGGACGGCAGCGAUCUACCCGAGUGUGUCUCUUGCAACGUUGUCUCGCCUGAAGGAAACACGUGCACCUACGUUCAUGCUUCCUUCUCCAGCGAUAAUUCGUACUACGUGAUAGCUUGCGCGGGACCUGAUCCCAUGUUCGUGAGGAUCUUCGAUGUUUAUCACACGCCGCUUUACUCGUGGGAGGAGAAUCAAGCUCUGAGACGAAAAUUGGCUACUCGGAGCCAUCCGCGCAUCUAUAAUCUUGAUGUUAAGGUGAACGGGUACAAGAGCAAAGUUAGGCUAUACCUGCCGCCCGAUUUCGAUGACAGGAAGAAGUAUCCUCUGCUGAUCAAUGUGUAUUCCGGGCCGAACACCGUAAGAAUCACGGACUCGAACACGCACGGCUUCGAGUCUUACAUGGCAACCAACAGGAGUGUCAUUUAUGGGCACAUCGACGGCCGCGGGUCCGCCUUUAAGGGCAGCAAGAUGCUAUUCGAGAUAUAUCGACGUAUCGGGACCGUGGAAAUCGAGGACCAGAUAGCUGUCACGCGGUAUCUGCAAAAACUCUAUCCUUGGAUAGACGCGAACAGAACCGCGAUAUGGGGCUGGAGCUACGGCGGAUUCGCGACGGCGAUGGCGUUGGCCACUGACAAAGACUCCGUGUUCAAGUGUGGAAUAUCGGUCGCACCUGUUACGUCCUGGAUCUAUUAUGACUCCAUUUACACGGAGAGGUUCAUGGGUCUGCCAACGGCGGACGACAACCUGGGAGGCUACAACCGCACAGACGUGACCAGAAGGGUGGAAGGCAUUCGCGGCAAAAAGUACAUGCUGAUACACGGCACCGGCGACGACAACGUCCACUACCAGCAAGCCAUGGCGCUGAACAGGGCGCUGGUGGAGCGGGACAUCAUGUUCCAGCAACAGACCUACACGGACGAGGCGCACGGCCUGACCGGUGUAUCUCCGCACCUUUACCACACCAUGGACCGAUUUUGGGGUGAUUGCCUGGGAUACUCGCGCGCUCACUGACCCGGAUCGCCUCUGGAUUAGCGGACGGGAACGAUUCGGAGGGUUGGACCUGUCCCUUGGAACCGUUCCCUGUAAUACCGUGGGCGUCGCUCGAUCGCCGACCGGUUAAUCCGGACAUUCGCAGUUCCCGGACUACGUUUCCUCCUUUCUCGAAGGACCUCGUCGCGACACGGACGUUUACACACGUUACGCGUGGAUCUAUGUAGAUCCGUUUCAUCGUACGUUGGAAAAGGGUUGAGCGCGAGGAUGAUUAACGCGAAAACUAGCGGAUGGAUCAACGCGGUGUGUUCGUUUUGAAAUGAUUGAAGAUAGAUGCUUCCGAGAAAAUAAUUUGUUUGGCGCGAAGUGAAUUGGAAAUUAAGGAGAGUUUUAUUCUUGGGGUUUUCAUAGAGGAAUUUCGGAAAGGAAAUUUAACUCGGUUUUAGUGUAUAGUAGGAAGGUUCUGAUGAACGUGGGUUGAACAGAUGUUUUUAUUUUUAUGAAUGAAGUUUUGUAUAAUCUGUUCUCGUAAUAAUUGUUGGUAACUAGCGAAUGGAUGAAGUCAGUUUUGGAACUGGAAAUACUCGUUUUUCGACCGAUGUCCGUUAGAACGCUUUUCUCUCGUUUGCUUUGUCCUUUGAAGCCCUUUUUCAAACCUGUACACAGUGGAGGAAUCAAUGAUUCCUCUCGAAGGCCAGCCCUCCGAUCGAAGAAUUUCGUCGGAAGUGGAUUCGAUGAAGAAACAUAUCGGCGGUUCUUGUUUUACAUUACGUACGUGCCCGAUGUUCCAAAGCGGAGUGAAUUUUUUAAAGGCAGACUCGCCUGGGAAUCGGUCGAUAUUUGAGGAUGGAUUCCGCGACAGUCUGCCGAGGAGAGCGCGAAGAACCGCGCGGGCUCUCGAUUGUUCCUUUCGCAAAGUGUUCAGGUAAACGGAAAGUAGACUGCCAAGAAUCUAAUUAAACACUGCUAUUCUUGGAGAAUACACCGCUGCGGAUAGUUAAAAUUGUACCAGCAUACUCUGGACCAACGGUUUGCGUGUAUCUCAACAGAGAACGUUGUCCAUUCCUUUGGAAAUAAAUUUCUAUACCGACUGUUUAAAUCCUCGAACUUCAUUAACGGUCCAUUAAACUUCCCGCGAGCUUAAUCAUUAACGGUACAGAACCCAAAAUCCAAUUUUCCAAGUGGAUCGGAGGAAACUCUGGCAUCGACGAGCGAAAAGAGGAUUCCGCGAUCGUACGUUCGACGCGUCC